CUACCCCUCAUGCUUCUGUGGGCAUUGCUGUUGAUCCUUGGUUUGUUCAGCAGACAAGCUUCUUUUGCAAAGAAAGCCGUGGUGCACCUCAGCCCUCCGUGGACCACUAUCUUCCAAGGGGAGAAAGUGACUCUGACUUGCCAUGGAUUCAACUCCUCCAAACCAGGGACAACAUGGUGGUACAAAAACCAACGAUGGCAAAAUAAAUGGUCUACAAACAGUGUUGAGACUAAUCAGACUGGAAAGUACGCAUGCCAGACCGAGGACUCAGAUCUCAGUGACCCUGUGAACCUGAUAGUUUCUUCUGGUCCACUGAUCCUGCAGACCCCAUAUUCCAUAUUUGAAGGAGAAACAUUGGUCCUGAGAUGCCAAAGACAGCAUAAUGUGAAAAUCACAGACGUCUCAUACUAUAAAGAUGAAAAGAAAUUGUUUUAUCCCCCUAAAAGCUCUGAUAUCUCCAUUUCCAUCCCACAAAUUAAUUUAAAUUACAGUGGCAACUAUCACUGCACAGCAGUUUUUCCAGAUAACUACUUUUAUAAGAAAAAAAGUUCAAAAACAGUAGAGGUCCAAGUCCAAGAACUGUUUCCACCUCCUGAGCUGCAAACCACAACUUCAGAGCCCACUGAGGGGACCUCAGUGACCCUGAGAUGUGAGACCCAGCUCCCUCCACAGAGGUCAGACACCAAGCUGCACUUCUCCUUCUUCAGAGAUGGCAGGGUCAUUGCAUCAGGCUGGAAGAAGUCUCAGGUACUCCCAGCCAUCUGGAGGGAAGACUCAGGGUCAUACUGGUGUGAGGCAAAAGCCAUGACUCAGAAUAUUCAGAAACAGAGCAACCGCAUGAAGAUCAGUGUGAAAAGUAACCCCAUCUCUGGCAUCAUCAUGGAGACCCAGCCCUCUGGGGGGCAGGUGAGUGAAGGAGAGAAACUGGUCCUCAUCUGCUCAAUAGCUCAGGGCACAGGGAACAUCACAUUCUCCUGGCACAGAGAGGGCAUUAACACAAGCCUGGGAGAGAAGACUCGACGUUCUCUGAAGGAGAAGUUUGUGCUGUCUGCUGUGAAUGAGAGUGAUGCAGGGAAGUAUUACUGUACUGCUAACAAUGGCAUCAGCACCUUCAGCAGCCAGAGAGUGAAUGUCACCGUGCAAAGAAGAAGUCUCUUCUUCCAAGUCAGCUCAAGCAAAAAGAUUGGCCCCUUGGCCCUUGGACUGAUUGUGACCCAGUUCAUUUUGGUUGUCCUCUCCGCUUCUGCACUUCUACUUUUCUUUGGACCUUGGAAUAAGCCAGACACACCUUGGAGACAUUGCGGGUCCAGUUCCAGACCACCUCAAUAAAGUAAAUAUUGCAAUAAAAUGAGACA